CUCCUGCCAAACGACCCCUUAUAAUUUUUGAGCCAUAAUAUAAGAGUUGAAUGUAACACAAAAAUUCUCCUCAGUAAUAGAUGUUGAAUGUAACACAAAAAUUCAUAACUUUUCUUGAAAAAUGCAAAUCAAUUUCACAGUUCAAAAAAUUCCAUGCCCUGUUAAUAACUUGUGGCAUUUACAAAGAAACUCAAUUAAAUUCAAGAAUCCUAUGUUUCACAUCAUUAUUAUCUGAUUCCUCUAAUAUAGACUAUGCUCAUAAUAUUUUCCUACAAACUAAAAACCCAACAAUCUUUGAUUAUAAUGCUUUAAUAAGGGGUUAUUCUAACAGUAAAAAUCCAUGUAAAUCUUUGUCUUUAUUUGUUAAAAUGUUGCAAAAUGAAUUUGUUCCUGACCACUUUACAUACCCUUUUGUUGUUAAGUGUUUGGCUAAGUUGUGUGAGGUUAGAAUUGGUAAGAGUGUACAUGGGCUAGUUUUGAAAAAUGGGUAUGAUGUUGAUUUGUAUGUAAUGAAUUCUUUGAUUCAUAUGUAUGGGAGUUGUGGUGAUGUGUUGUGUGCAAGAAAGGUGUUUGAUGAAAUGCCUGUGAGGAAUUUAGUGUCGUGGAAUUCGAUGCUUGAUGGAUAUGGGAAAUGUGGGGACGUUGUUUCGAUGAGGGAGGUUUUUGAUUCGAUGAAAGAGAGAGACGUUGUGUCGUGGAGCUCUUUGAUUGAUGGAUAUGUUAAGGAUGGGGAGUAUUCCGAGGCGUUGGCUAUUUUUGAAAAAAUGAGAGUGGAAGGGCCAAAAGCGAAUGAGGUUACUAUGGUGAGUGUUUUGGGUGCUUGUGCUCACUUGGGUGCACUCGAGCUAGGGAGGGCAAUGCACAAAGAGAGAGACGUGGUCGGGAAUAGGUUGCCUAUGACUUUAGUGUUGAGGACGUCGAUUGUUGAUAUGUAUGCUAAGUGUGGCGCGGUGAACGAGGCAUUGGUUGUGUUUCGAGAGGGUUUAUUAGGGAGGAAAACUGAUGUCUUGAUUUGGAAUUCCAUGAUUGGAGGUUUGGCAACACACGGGUUGGUUAGUGAGUGUUUGGAGUUGUACAAGGAAAUGCGGGUUUUAAAGGUGAGACCAGAUGAGAUUACAUACUUGUGUCUUUUAUGCGCGUGUGCUCAUGGAGGACUAGUUAAGGAAGCUUGGCGUUUCUUUGACUCUCUUAGGAAAGAUGGCAUGACUGCAAAAUGUGAGCAUUAUGCGUGCAUGAUGGAUGUUUUAGCACGUGCAGGUCGUUUAACAGAAGCGUACAAGUUUCUAUGUGAAAUGCCUAUGGAACCAACUGCUUCCAUGUUAGGUGCAUUACUUAGUGGUUGCAUUAAUCAUGGAAAGUUAGAUCUUGCAGAAGUAGUAGGGAAGAAGCUUAUUGACUUGGAGCCAUCUCAUGAAGGUCGAUAUGUUGGGCUAUCGAAUGUGUAUGCGCUUAAAACGCAUUGGGACGAAGCAAGAGCUAUGAGGGAAGCUAUGGAUACAGUGAAGAAAAUUCCUGGUUUUAGUGUUGUGGAGAUCUUUGGAGUUCUUCAUAGAUUCAUAGCUCAUGAUAAAAUACACCCUGAAUCGGAUCAAAUCUACAUGAUGCUAGAUUUUGUUUUGUGGCAGAUGAAGCUAGAUAAAGAUUGUGAAGAGCAUGAACAAUUGUUAUGUGAUGUCAAUGGCGCCUUGCAGAUGAAUGGCGAAUGAGAGAUAAUACCGGAUGAUUUUUCGCUUUAAGAUCAGUAUCAUACAGUUCCUUUUUGAGCAGUAUAGGGUAGACAGCUACCUAUCAGCGGGGUAUGAUACAUAGUAUUACUCAGAUUGCAGAGAAUCCUCUUAACCAUAUGUGAGUGGGGCUUACAGCCCAUUAAACUCAUUGCUAUCUCUUAAGCUCCUUUUGCUGGAAGGAAUUACUCGGAAGCAAAGUAAACGUGCAGACAUUUGAAAUUAUGAAAAGCACAUUCUUGUGUAACAUUAAUCAGUUACGCAAAGUGAUCUCAAGCUUUGUUAUCAUCUCCUUUUGCAGUUCGUGACUGAAAUAAGGUUACAGAUCGAAAAAAUCAAGAUUUACAGCAUACACCAAACUUCCAUUGCCAUUGCAAUGACCUUGUAGCUCAUCUAAUCAUCUUGAUUGAAUAUGAUUGUUGCAGUCACAGAAGUUGGGAUAGAGUUCCUUGAAGAAAUCUCGAGCUAGAAGGAAACUGCUGCACAUUUCAAUCAACAGAGGCCUUUGUCUAGAUAUAACUGAUAGUUCUGGGGAUACAUGGAUAUUAAGCUCAUGUAGAAAGCAGAAACCCUCUCCACUUCUUGCAAACGUGAAUGUCUUUAGACAAAAAAAUCCUUGAAUCUGUAUUGGUUUUUGGCUGUAAUAACAUGUUCUUAUCAUUUACAAUGAGACACUAUCUGGGGCAGUAAGGUUAAUACACUGCUAGAAAGUUUACAUGGAGAACUCAUACUAGAGUUGAUGAAGGUAUCUUAUUUGGUGUUAUUGCAAUAAUUACAAAUUGUAGCAUUUGUCUUUUUUGAUUAAUCAUUCUCCAGAAGUGUGUACAUUUUAUUGGACAGAGUUAAUGUAAUAUCCUAAAUACUUUGUGAAA